AUGGGCAACUGCUGUUCAUCACGGAAAAACUCAGUGGCAAAUAGUAAGACCACGCGCCAAGAAAGGAGGGAGGCAGCGAAGAACAAACCGGGUUCAUUUGAGUUGCACUCUCAAGCACUCAAACAACCGUUGACUGAGUUACGGCGUACGCCUCCCCAACAUUCAGACGAAAACCCUGAGGAUCAGGAACACAAAUGGGUCUUAAUUCCGCUUCCAGAAGAGAAUACAUUUGACAAAAUUGGGGUUGGUGAGUCGAAAAAGGUCGAGAGAACAAACGCUGGGGAAACCCCCAGUUCCGCGACACAACUUGAGAAGGGUGUUGAGCGUCCGACAAACAACAGCAACCUUGAAAAAUUAGAGGCGGAUGAAUUUCACGGUGACAGGGAAGCGAAGGAAGUUGAGGGGAUGGCGCAACAGUCGGAUGCAGAGAUCAAUCGCGUUCCAGCUCAACCGAGCGAAACUGGCGAUCCUGUCAAGGUGGUCUUGCCGGUAUUGAAUGGCAGAGGUAAUUCAAACAAUAGCAGUGUCUGGAGUGCCCCCGAGGAGGGAUCGGUGAGGGAAACAGCUGCUGGGGCGAUUUCCACCGUCGUUGUCGCCAUGCCAACCUUGUUACCUCCGCUGCUAUUGGGCACUAGUGACAGUGACAGCGAAGCUGCGGAGGAAGAUGCCAGGGAGAAAGCGGAUGAGAAGGAGGCGGGAACAACAAGGAAUCAGCAUGAGGUGCUCGUUUCGAGUGUCGUUGUAUCGCCUACUGUUGUAUCCGAGACGUUAAGGAACACAGAGGAGGAACCGCUGCACCCCUCGAAGGACGAAAAGCAAACCCAAGUAUCUGACUGCAAUGAGUUUAACAAAGAGAAUGACGCUUCUUUCAAAAUGAACGAAAACAAAACAGUGAGCUUCACCAAUGAUGCUAAAGAAGCUGAAGUGCUAGAGGCGGUGAAGCCUUGUUUUCUCGUUAAUGAUAAGAGCCAUGACAACGACAGUGGCAUUGGUAGUGAUAGUAAAGGUGCUAGGGGCAGUGGUAGUGGUAGUGGUGGCAAUGUACUCGCGCAUAUUAUUCGACGGAGUGCAGGAAAAGAACCGCAGAUAUCUGCAGUAAGUGAUGACGGGGAGUUCAGUGGGCAGGGCGCGUUGGAGGCGCAUGAAGAUGUUGUGGAGUUUAAUGUGGAGUUUACUGAUGAGGACGGCGCUGACGGCAAACACGCCGGGGAUCCUUAUAUCUUGAGUGAGGGCUCGGAAGUCGGGGGGAACGACGCCUCAUCCAAGACGACACACAAGGAAUAUCCAAAUAAAAUAGUCCACUGGGGCGACGAUGACGAUGGCUAUGCGGGCAGGGAAGGUAGAGGAAGCGGGCAGAAAACAGGUGAGAGCAGUGUGACGAAGAAGGGGAACAGUGUGGGGUGUGUCGACAGCGGUAGCAGUGAUGAUGGGGGUGAGCGAGAUCGUUUGGUGGCGAUUUUGUUUCGCGCGCAGACGAAGCAGGAGGAUGGGGAAAAAAAAGACGAGAAAAAAACGUCCACGACGUCACCCCAUGGCAAUCUCAUAACGACAAAAACAGUGGGGCAACCUGCGGCGCUGAAGACGACUUCCCUGUUGCAGGAGCAUAAGUCAGUGUUUGGUGCCACCAAGAACUCCCUCCUACCUGCACGACCCCGCGUCGUCACGAUAAUCUCUCCAUCCCCGGUGACUCCCCAGAGCAGAGAUAGCCAUGAUGACGAGAAUGGCAAUCCGAUUUUUUAG